CCUGUUAAUUCUUUUCAGCUCAAUUCAACAGUGAAAAAUGACCAUAAUAUCACUUUAAUUAAAUUAACUGUGUGACUUCCGAUUAUUUACAGGCCCUUUAAUUUUGCAGAAAUUCAAAUCGUAUAAAUCGAAUUUAAACAUCUUACAGCAAGAAUCCGAUUAAUAAAGAUAUUAUUGUGAAUGAUACCCGAGUACGUGUAAAUGGCUAUGUAUAAUAAACUGAUUAUUCGUCAGUGCACAUAUAUUGUUAUGUUAAGGAUAUGUGAUAAAGGCAGAUGAAAAUAGAACUUUAGUAUAAGACUAACUAUAGUCCUUCAAGAAUCACCAUUAAACAAUGUUUCUGAAUUGAAUUUAAAGACUAGUUCACACACAGUUUCGUAUCCGGUUUCUCCAGAAAACUAUUUAUUGUGGAGAAAUUUGCGUUUUUAAUGACCAUGUUGGAAAAACAUGGAUACCAUCUGGGGAAGACCAGGAAACCUUAUGUGGGCAGUAACUUUAUAAUUCUUUUUCGUGACAAAAAAACAAAUUUUCAGCCUUUGUUUGCAAUUUCUUUGCUUUGUAGAGGCCCAAAUAGAUUUCUGGAGAAACCCUGCUGAGAGGUUAUGGCAGACAUGUCCAAGUUUGUAUAAAUCCUUUAAUUAUUGUAGUGGCUUGCAAAUUAAAGCAGUUUUUCUUCCCCUAAAUGCCUGAACAUGGUCCGUUUUGCCCGAUCUUCUACUUCAGGGAGCCACAUUUCGUUCAUUUUUUAAGAAAAUUUGUCAGGAUUUUUUUCUGCACGUAGGCCAAUACCUUUGUUAUCAAUGUUAAUACACAGUUUUUUCAAACUGGACUAAGACAAUUUUAAUUUUUUGCAAUUUACUAACCCUACGUAAGUUCAUGCCAAAAUACACAGCACUUGUCCCCUAUGGUAUUACACGACUCACAAGGUAUCGGGUUUCCUGGGGUGAUCCUUUUGUCCUUUACCUUAUUGACUGUAAUUGGCCGUCUGCCUUAAAUAACGGACCUAUUACACAUGCUCGGAGUGAUAACCUGUUGAUGCAUAAGAGAUGUAUUGCAUAUAUAAUAGUCAUUUACUUCAAAUACGUAUGUUUAUUAUACAUUUACUUUGCUUUUUAUUUGUAUGACUAACCAUUCAGACACACAUUCUGAGUAUGGUUUGAUUUAAUACGGCUUAUAUGAAUAUAAAAAGUCGACACAAAUUUAACAACGAUUUGUAUGCUACACGCAAUGAAUGGUUCACGAAUUCAGAGUUUUAGCGAUAAUAGCGACGCAAUGAUUUAUCGAUGAAUCUAAAACACGGCUUGCGAUAUACCGUCAUAUACUGGUUACUUUCGUCUGUAUAUAUAUAAAGAAGUUAUGUUAAAUAUUAUUACAUAUAAACAAUCAGUAAAUAUAUUUCUUGAUGGACGCAAUCAAUUCAUUUAUACAUUACAUUUUAUGAUACGUUUAAUUAUAUUAGUAAGACCAAAUCUAAUUAAGAUAAGUAUUAUUUCAGUGAGAUUGGCAGUCGACAUAUUGCUGCCAAAGUGGUCUAAUAAUUUAUAAGAUCAUAAUCUAAUCACCAGGACACGGCCGUUAAUCACGCGCGCCACCUCUUUUUUGCGAUGCAUUAAUAAAUGAGCCAAUGCUACUUCCGAGGUGGCGCUAAUGAGCGGAUGUUAUGAAACAGUACGGAUAAUUGUACAAGAUGGGAGUUUUUAAGGGCAGGAAACGGAAAGGCUUGGUCCUAGCUUCACGGAAAAGAUACAGUCUUUGUAAAAAGAGAAAGAAGCCUGAAUUUCAACAAAGAACAUCUGAAAGAAACCCGGGUAUGAAACGCGUUUUCACGAGUACUCCAUGUAAGACACCACUUAACAGAAGUUUUACCAUUUUCAACUCUCCGCUAUAUAAAAGAGCAAGAUUGAUGUCACCAAUCAAACAACAAGGUGGUUCCCCAUUUUUUCCAAAGGUAAAGCAAUCGAGAAAAUUAGAUUUUAUGUCAGAAAGAAAUGACAGUUUUGGAAGAGAAAAUACUAAUUCUUCAUUAGACGAGACGUACCUAUACUCAGAAAACAGCUUCGGAAACUCGCGUUUAAUGACGUCUUUCGCGGAAGGUGAUGUAGCCUCUGAAACGGGUAGCAUAUCGGUCAUUGAAAGGGAUAUUACGUGUGAGGAAUUCACGGCAGAUGACAAUACGUACACAUUAUUUAUCGACGCUAUGAAGAUCCUCCGUGAGCAAAGUGUCGAUGGGGAAAUUGUUUCGUUUUUAAAUUUAGUAUCAAGUAGACGAUUUCCGUUAGACAAUGUUGCAUUUCAAUUGUUUUUAGAUGUUGUUAAAUGGUUUGACUGUGAAGACGUAAGAACCAUGCGCUAUAAUGACACAACUAUGAAGUUUUUCUGGCUGGGAAAGCGCUUGUUUGGGGGACGUUUUUUGCGUUUUAUGGCUGGUCCAAAACACGAAACAAGUAUUUUACAUGGUCAUUCUCAACUGCAUCCGAGUUCGUCAAAAAUAAACUUUGCAUGUCCAAGUAAUAGUGUGUUAUCACAGUUUAAUCCACUUGGCUUUGAAUUAAAUUGCGACGUGAGCACCGGCUUAAUUGAUCACAUGCUAGAUCUAGUAGCGAAAAAUUCUAAAGAAGCAAUAUCAUAUGUUUUGAUGUUUGACGGAAAGAAAAUUAAGCGCGGCGCAGAUGCUGAUUUGUUGGGGUUUGAAAAAGAGCCAUUGUCUGAAAAAAAGCUGAAAUUCGAUUCUGAUAUUGCCAUAGUUUCGACAAUGCUGCAAAAAUCAAAGAAAUUGAAGCACUGAUGGAAUGUGGCAAAUCAAUGAAUGAUAAGGUAACUAGUGACCUUUUUCAGGAAAUAAUGAAAUGCUUUAAAGUUGUCUCCAAGCACCUUAUGGCUUUAAGGCAGCUUAAGAAAAACAAGGAAAUGGCAUUGCACAAGUAUAAGGAAAAAAUUCACAAGAAUUCUUCUCUGGCUAAAACGUUUGAGUAUGCGAUUGAUUCCUGUAAAACAACGCUGUAUUUAACAGAUAACUGUGUGGCUAGUCUGCUAGACGUUCAAUUUGUUAUAUGCAAGACAGGAGCGUACAUCAAUGGUUGUUUAAAGUUAUUUCCGAGACAUAGGGGUGAAAGUGUGAAUGUUAAUAACCUUGACAAUGUAAAGAUGUUAAAAAUUGAGCAAGCUGACAAUCUGCCAACAGAGCAAGUAAAACAGAGGACGGAAAGAUGGUAUAAGGACAGACAUGAAAUGAAAAUCACUGGAAGCACAGUGUAUUCGGCUAUUGGUUUAGACGGACUUAAACGAUGUCAGUCACACUUUGAUGGCAUUAUAAGUGGUGUGCACUCCGACAAUUCGACAUAAGCACAAAAGAAAGCGAUGAAUCACGGAAUUGCAUCAGAGACUCACGAAAUCGCAACACUCGCAGGUAUUGUAAUGCCGUUCUUAUUCCCGAACAGUAUCUAUUGUGAAGAAGGAUACUACAUUGAAAAUAAAAUGAUGGUGUCUCCGGAUGGCAGUCUUCGUGAUAAUACGGGAUUAAAUGUAGAGUAUGCUUUUGAAGGUAAAGCGCCACUGAAUGAAAUUGUAAUGCGGUGUCUUCAGCAUUACAGUGUACCUGCGAGAUACAUCCCUCAGACAGUUUUAGAGGCAAAAGUUACAGGUUCUACCAAUGGUACUAUAUAUAUGUGCUGGACUUCAGAAAGUACAACAGUAUUCAAGGUUCCUUCCAAUGAACAAAUUUGUUCUUCCAUUGAAAAAAUUGCACGAGAUAUAUACACAGCUGAUGUACCAAAGCGCCCAACACGAAUACCAAUAGAAACAAAAGUGCUCAAGGAACAUAUAAAGACACAUGCUAAGAACUGCGAGUAUUUAGGAGAGUUUCCGUCUCUCUUUGGAACAAAUGUUGAAAACUCCCAUUCCGAACAAUUAAAAAUGAACGAUUCCAAGUCAUUUUCAUACAAAGAGUUAAUAACGUCGUUGCACAAAUGUUUACAAACAUUAAAUGACGUAUACAACUUACAAAGAAUGUAUGCAUCACAAGUGCUUGUGUAUUUACUUGCCGACCUCGACAGACUGUGGAAGCCAGAGCUACCACAUUCAGUACCAGUUAUGUACUGUUAUAGAGGAUAUAGUUUGCCUAUGGACAUUGCCAGAAAGUUGAUCGAACAUUGCAUUCAUGCAUGCAUUCAAAGAGGAUUACACGUACCUGUUGUGUCUUCAGAUGGCGAAUUUGUGCAACUGAUGGUUCAAGGAAAAAACGGACAACCACUUACAACACAUCAGCUUAGUAAACAAGUUUGGACAGAGGUUUGCAAACUCAAGAAAAACGAAAUACUUAAGUUAAUUUCAAGUGUCAACAUAGCACACAGAAUCUACACUGAUGACAACGGUCGUUCAUUUAUAGAAAGCAUAGACAACGGGUUCAAGCUUAAGACGCCGAGGGAUUACAUGGAAACAAAUGUUAAACGUAGCAGAUGCUCGUUAGUUUUUUACUCAAUACGAGGAUCACUGUGACAAGCAACAGUCGAACAAUGACCAUACUAUAGAACCGUUUAAUAACCUUGCAGAUCACACGAUGUCAAAUACAAACGCUCACAAUAUUCCCGACUGUGAUGAUACAAUACCAUACGAAUUUGAGGAAACGUUACGUGAAAUGCAAAAUAAGAGUCAAUGCUAUGUAUUAACUCUUAAUGAUGGGAAAGAAAUAUGCUACUUGUUGAAACAAAACAAUCAUAUGAAAUGGGUGAACAAAACGCCAGAACAAAUGGUCGAUAUGCUCAUGACUAAUCCAAGUCAAUUACUGAAAAAUGAGUUAUUAGAUGUUUCAAAAUAUUUAAACUUAAAACUAAUAGGAACGGAAAAUGAACUGAAAAUAAAAAAUGUUACGAAAUGUUAUUUACUCACUCAGCUAAGAAAUCUUCUAGGCUCAGAUAUGGAAGAGGAAAACAAGAUCACAAGACCGAAACGGACACAGACAAUGAAGCAACCCAAAGCCUUAAAAACAAUAGCAAUGUCGGUUCUAAGGAAACCAAAUUAUCCUAAACAAGCUCUAAACAUAGCUUAUGCUACGUACAUAUGGCCUGAAAAACUAACAAAUUGGAAAUCAAAUGGGAAAGUUGCCAACCGAAUUAAGGUUUGUGGGCCACAGGAGAACGACGAUGUGUAUUUUGAACCGUACUAUCUUCCGGAAUUUGAUUCAAAUAUGGAUGAUUUUAUAAUUUAUGCGUAUGACAAAACUCAUUUAGGUACAAACCUCAGGAAAGCUUUAUGCUUAGACAAGAUAUCGGGUAUACGUUUCUAAGACUAAACCUGACGUGUUGCAUCCAUCCGUUAUUGAAGUUACUGAUGGGAAGAUACUUGACCAGAUGAAAGAACUACUGGCCAAAACAAUGGUCAGCAUUGCAGUAGAAGAAGAGAUGACUAAAGGCGGAUUUAUAAAAGAAGCAGAAUUGUGUAAAUUGAUUCGGGAAGGUUUAUUUGAAGCCGAUGACAUGCCAGGAAUACCGGCUUUCGAAAGAUGCAAAAGACGUUUGGCACUAAUUGAAUGGCUUAACAAAGACGUCAAUUUUGGAGCUUUUCCGCCGUACGGAAACUACAUAAAGGGCAUGUCUCAUAUCCUGUAUGAAGGAUUACGAACAAGUCAAGAAGGCAAACUGUACUUAUAUGCCCUUGCGAAUUCUGGGACGUACUGCGUACGUGCACCCAACACACUUUGUAGCGAGUCGUUCUUCUCGUCAAUGCAAGAAACAGAUCCUUGGGGUCAAGGGAUACUAAGUUCAAGCGGAGUCCAGAAGCAUAUAUCGGACUUCACAACAAUAACUUCAAUGAAAAUGGAAGAUUCACGAAACAUCUUCAUUAAGACUAAACGUGAUGCAGCGUACCCCAAUCCGACUGUCGAUAUGCCUACAAGCCCUACAUCUGUAGCAAAUCCAGUAGAACGCCGCCCUGAAGUAGUUUGCAAUUGCCGGGAAAAUAUAUAUAUUCAAUGCAUAGUUCCAAGGGAUCAUUAUUUUGACACCCAAGCCCGAGCCAGAUUAUUAAAGAAAGAAAAAAUAUAUCAACCGAGUUCGUCGAGCACUGUGAGGGGUGAGCAACCCAUUCGAGCACAGUACGGAUACAAAAUUAACGAAGCAAAAAUGUUACCUUCUAAACGUAUUGGCAUAUCGUGUUGGUGAUCAUGACUUUGACAGCAAUGCCUAAGUGCUGAGCAAAUGAAAAGUAAUAACUGAGAUACAUGUUAUAAGCAAUGCAUGUCGCGCAUAAUUCAUCAAAUGGAAAACUGUUGUUCACUUUAGCAUUAAAAAAACACUUUAAGCUGUAAAUAACAUAUUUAAUCAUUGUGUGAGCUGUACAAGUUUAAUGGUUCUGCUAAAACCGU